CUGGGGGGUCCGAGCCGCGGGGGGCAGUGCCAUGCACAAGCACCAGCACUGCUGUAAGUGCCCUGAGUGCUAUGAGGUGACCCGCCUGGCCGCCCUGCGGCGCCUUGAGCCUCCGGGCUAUGGGGACUGGCAGGGGGCGGCCGACCCCUACGGGCCAGGUGGGGGCAAUGGGGCCAGCGCGGGUUAUGGGGGCUAUAGCUCACAGACCCUGCCCUCGCAGGCGGGGGCCACCCCCACCCCUCGCACCAAGGCCAAGCUCAUUCCCACCGGCCGGGAUGUGGGGCCAGUGCCCCCUAAGCAAGUCCCGGGCAAGAGCACCCCCAAACUCAACGGCAGUGGCCCCAGCUGGUGGCCUGAGUGCACCUGCACCAAUCGGGACUGGUAUGAGCAGGCCAGCCCUGCACCCCUCCUAGUGAACCCCGAGGCCCUGGAGCCCAGCCUCUCGGUGAAUGGCAGCGAUGGCAUGUUCAAAUAUGAGAAGAUAGUACUUGAGCGGGGCAACUCUGGCCUAGGUUUCAGUAUCGCAGGUGGCAUUGACAACCCCCAUGUCCCAGAUGACCCUGGCAUCUUUAUUACCAAGAUCAUCCCUGGUGGAGCAGCUGCCAUGGACGGGAGGCUGGGGGUGAAUGACUGUGUGCUGCGGGUGAAUGAGGUGGACGUGUCGGAGGUGGUGCACAGCCGGGCCGUGGAGGCGCUGAAGGAGGCGGGCCCUGUGGUGCGAUUGGUGGUGCGGAGGCGACAGCCCCCACCUGAGACCAUCAUGGAGGUCAACCUGCUCAAGGGGCCCAAAGGCCUGGGUUUCAGCAUUGCUGGGGGCAUUGGCAACCAGCACAUCCCAGGAGACAACAGCAUCUACAUCACCAAGAUCAUCGAAGGAGGUGCUGCUCAGAAGGAUGGACGCCUACAGAUCGGGGACCGGCUGUUGGCGGUGAACAACACCAAUCUGCAGGAUGUGAGGCAUGAGGAAGCUGUGGCCUCACUGAAGAAUACAUCUGAUAUGGUCUAUCUGAAGGUGGCCAAGCCAGGCAGCAUCCACCUCAACGACAUGUAUGCUCCCCCUGACUACGCCAGCACUUUCACUGCCUUGGCUGACAACCACAUAAGCCAUAAUUCCAGCCUGGGGUACCUCGGGGCUGUGGAGAGCAAGGUCAGCUACCCUGCUCCUCCUCAGGUUCCCCCUACCCGCUACUCUCCUAUUCCCAGGCACAUGUUGGCUGAGGAGGACUUCACCAGGUAUGGGAAAGAAGAGGGAUCCUUCGGGUCACCAAUCACAGACCUCCUUGUAGUAUAUGACAAAGAGAAGGAUAAGGCAGGCCCUUUUCUCUCCCAGCUUUGGGGGCCAGGGCCCUCUCUCAGCCCUUGGGACCCUAGAGAGGGACAGAGGUGGCUGCAGAAACAAGUGAAUGGAGUGAACCUAAGAAAUGCAACUCAUGAGCAGGCUGCUGCUGCUCUGAAACGGGCUGGCCAGUCAGUCACCAUUGUGGCCCAAUACAGACCUGAAGAGUACAGUCGCUUUGAGUCGAAGAUACAUGAUUUGCGAGAACAAAUGAUGAACAGCAGCAUGAGUUCUGGGUCUGGAUCCCUCCGAACAAGUGAGAAGAGGUCUCUGUAUGUCAGGGCUCUGUUUGAUUAUGACCGGACUCGAGACAGCUGCCUGCCAAGCCAGGGGCUCAGCUUCUCUUAUGGUGACAUCCUGCAUGUCAUUAAUGCUUCUGAUGAUGAGUGGUGGCAGGCAAGACUGGUGACCCCACAUGGAGAAAGUGAGCAGAUCGGUGUGAUCCCCAGCAAGAAGAGGGUGGAAAAGAAAGAAAGAGCUCGAUUGAAAACUGUGAAGUUCCAUGCCAGGACAGGGAUGAUCGAGUCUAACAGGGACUUCCCUGGGUUAAGUGACGAUUAUUAUGGAGCAAAGAACCUGAAGGGAGUGACAUCCAACACCAGUGACAGCGAAAGCAGUUCCAAAGGACAAGAGGAUGCUAUUUUGUCAUAUGAACCAGUGACACGGCAAGAAAUUCACUAUGCAAGGCCUGUGAUCAUCCUGGGCCCAAUGAAGGACCGUGUCAAUGAUGACCUGAUCUCCGAGUUCCCGCAUAAAUUUGGAUCCUGUGUGCCACAUACUACUCGGCCUCGGCGAGAUAAUGAGGUAGAUGGACAAGACUACCACUUUGUGGUGUCCCGAGAACAAAUGGAGAAGGACAUUCAGGACAACAAGUUCAUCGAGGCUGGCCAGUUCAAUGAUAAUCUCUAUGGUACCAGCAUCCAGUCAGUGCGGGCAGUUGCAGAGAGGGGCAAACACUGCAUCUUAGAUGUUUCCGGAAAUGCCAUCAAGAGACUGCAGCAAGCACAACUUUACCCCAUUGCCAUUUUCAUCAAGCCCAAGUCCAUUGAAGCCCUUAUGGAAAUGAACCGACGGCAGACAUAUGAACAAGCAAAUAAGAUCUAUGACAAAGCCAUGAAACUGGAGCAGGAGUUUGGAGAAUACUUUACCGCCAUUGUACAGGGUGACUCGCUGGAAGAGCAUUAUAAUAAAAUCAAACAGAUCAUUGAGGACCAGUCUGGGCACUACAUUUGGGUCCCAUCCCCUGAAAAACUCUGAAGAAUCCCCUACAACCAUUCUCUUGUGAACAGAAGAAAUCAAGUCCCUCUUCCCUCCUCCCUCUUCAUUCCUGUCCCCAUGGGGAGAACAAAUGACUACUGUUCUUGUCCCCUUUUUUAGAUAUGUCAAAAAAAUUGAGUUUUCUAGUCCUGUUCUUUUUUUCUUUUUUUUUAAAAUUUUUGUUUUGUUUUAGUUUAUUUUUGGGAUGAUGCCAUCUCACUCAUCAUGUGACUGUGCCCAUUCCUGCAUGGACCUUUCCCAAGAGCUAGCACAGGUGCAAACUCAUCAGAGCCAUUGUUUUCAUAACAACCAAGCAGAAGCGAGGAGAAGAGAGGAGGACUGACGGAAAGACAGACUCUGGACAGCUGCACGGCUUGUGGAGUGAGCUAAAUGCACCGCUGGAGGAGAUGCGCCUGGGCAUUUCUACCUGUCUGUCUUGCUGCCUUGCAGCUCUGAAUGGUGUAGCGU